CGCGGUUUCCACCAACAUCGAACAGAAAUUUAGAUAAUCACAAUCACUAUUUCAAUCAGUGAAUCUGUCCCACUUGGAAGGCAAGGUUUUCCUCACAGCGGAUGUUAAUCCAUGAUGACUGCAUUGGAACUUGAUCCGGUUUUCGUGAAAGCUUUGGGUUUCCUUCGCUCCCGCAGUAAGGAAUCCACCGACCAACUCAAGGCAUUGUUGGAUGAAGCGCUUGCAGGGACCGGUCGGAGCCGGUUUCCUAAACCCAUGGCUGAUGAGGGCAGGAAGGCAUCUCACACUAGCAGGAGGCGAGAGGACAAGACGCCCACACCUUGCAUCAAACUCGCUGCCACCGAGGGAUCAAGGAAAGAGGCAGAGCGUCGAGCAGAGAAGAGAACUGGCGAACGGCUGAAAUCGGACGGGUCCGACAGUCUCGAUCCGCCCCAGUCCAAGAAGCUACGCUCCUUAGAGAAGCAGAGGAAGCCCGUCAUCGAGGACGAUGAUGAUGACGAUGACGACGACGAUGAAGAUUACGCGGGAGAAGAAGAAGACGAAUCGGCCAGCACGGAGGACAGCAGCAAAGAGGAGGACACAGGCGAGAGUAACCCUGGCGACAGUAACCAGGGCAGCACAGAUGCGGACGACUUUGCCCUGGAGCUUGGGCUCGCGUGCAUCGUCUGCAAACAGUUGGAUGUGUCUGCGGGGAACCAGCUGGUGGAGUGCCAGGAGUGUCAUAGUCUUUAUCAUCAGCUCUGUCACAAACCCCCAGCGAGUGAGGCUGACCCUAAUGACCCCCGGCUUGUCUGGUAUUGUAGCCGCUGUACGCGUAACAUGAAGAAACAGGUUUCAAAGAAAGUAAAGAGCUCCGGGUCGUCAAGCAGCAGCACAAAAGAAAGCAGCAAAAGAGACGUAGAAAUCAAAGGAGAAUCUGAACCUGUGAAUCUGUUCAAACGGACAGAGCAUAAAACUUCCACUUCUGCACCUCCUGUGAGCUCGUCUGCUAAAACGCCCUACACCGGUUUGGCAAGCUUUGCAGCCACAGCUCGCUCCUCAUCCCACACCAAGCCGAGCUCCACCAGUAGCAAGCCCUCUAGUGCCCACUCCAAGUCAGGGUCUAAAGUGAGCCCUCUACCGUCACCUGUUAACAAGGCUCCUUCGCAUUCGGGUUCCAAGACGCAAGGUGCGUCUAAGUCGAGCGGAACGUCAGGGAAGACUGCUCCUCAGACAAGCACCGCCUCGGCCAUGAAGAGACUCCAACAGAUGAAGAAGAAAGCUAAGAGAUGAGUUUUGAUUGGCCGGUAGACCAAUCCAAUUCAUGCAUUGACCAUUCACAGGGAAUGUUAUAAGUAUGUUAAAGAAUACAUUUUGGACUGAACACAACAAAUUUACCAAAACAGGAUUUGAAAAUUAAAUCAUCAGCAUUUUAUUUGGUUUUACCC